CGCAGCAAAGAGCACGAUGGCGGCUGCUGAGCACGGGCUGAAGGAGAGGGAAACCCAGGGGCUCGGUGGUGAAGAGGAGGAAGGAGAAGAAGAAAUGGAAUCAGGGGGCGAAGAGCGCGGGGACGGCUCGCCUGAGGGAACCGGACAGUCGUCCUCCGAUGAGGAAGACGAGAAGGAAAAUGAAGCAGAAAUUCAGAGACUGGAAGAGCAGCUCUCCAUAAACGCCUUUGACUACAACUGCCAUGUGGACCUCAUCAAACUCUUGAGGCAGGAGGGAGAACUGGACAGAUUAAGACGUGCCCGUCAGAAGAUGAGCGAGCUCUUCCCUCUAACUGAAGAGAUAUGGUUAGACUGGUUGAAGGAUGAAAUGAAAAUUUCUGAAGAUGAUUCAAGUCGGGAAUUGGUUUACGAGCUGUUUGAGAAAGCUGUUAAAGACUAUAUCUGUCCAGAAAUUUGGUUGGAGUAUGCCCAAUAUUCAAUUGGAGGGAUGGGGGAAGAGGGUGGCAUUGCCAAGGUUCGUGGUAUCUUUGAGAGAGCACUAACAGCUGUUGGACUUCAUAUGACCAAAGGAUCAACCAUCUGGGAUGCCUACAGGGAAUUUGAGAAUGCAAUAUUAGGAACCAUACAGCCUUUGCCUGGUACCAUUCCUUCAGCAGAACAGCAGCAAAUGCUGAAUACCCAACUUGAGAGGAUCCACACUAUUUUCAAACGGCAGAUAGGUGUACCCCUUCUAGAUAUGGCCUCAACCUAUGCAGAGUAUGAAGAGUGGUCCGAAGAGCCCAUUCCAGAGUCUGUCAAUCAGAACUAUAAGAAGGCGAUUCAACUAGUGGAAAAGUAUAACCCUUAUGAGGAGGCACUGCUGGCUGCUGAAACGCCGAAGCUGGCAGAAUACCAAGCGUACAUUGACUUUGAAGUGAAGCAAGGAGACCCUGCUCGUAUCCAGCUUAUUUUUGAGCGUGCCUUGGCAGACAACUGCUUAGUGCCAGAUCUUUGGGCUAGAUAUACACAGUAUCUAGACAGACAGCUAAAAAUGAAGGAACUUGUGCUUGGCGCACAUGAUCGAGCUGUCAGAAAUUGCCCAUGGACUGUAGGCUUGUGGAAAAGUUAUAUCCUUGCAUUAGAGCGACAUUCUGUUGAUCACAGCACUAUAACUGAAACUUUUGAGAAGGCUCUAAAUGCAGGGUUCAUUCAAGCCACAGACUAUGUAGAGAUUUGGCAGUCAUACUUGGACUAUCUCAGAAGAAGGGUGGACUUUACUAAAGAUUCCAGUAAAGAACUUGAAGAGCUUAGAGCCGCAUUUGUUCGUGCAUUAGACUACCUUAAGCAGGAAGUGGAAGAAAGGUUUAGUGAAAGCGGAGAUCCUUCUUGUAGCAUAAUGCAGAACUGGGCCUCAAUAGAGGCUCGACACUGCAACAACAUGCAGAAAGCUAGAGAGCUCUGGGAUAGCAUCAUGACCAAAGGCAAUUCCAAGUUUGCCAAUAUGUGGCUGGAGUAUUACAACCUAGAAAGAGCCCAUGGUGAUACUCAGCACUGUAGGAAGGCUUUACAUCGUGCCGUGCAGUGCACAGUGGAUUACCCUGAGCAUGUUUGUGAUGUCCUACUUACCCUGGAGAGAGUUGAAGAAGAACACCCCAGUAAGAAGCACAGAGGACAGGAGCAGUCUGAGGACAAUGGGGCGGAAGAGAUGGAGACUGAAACUGGUCUUUUUGGUCGGAGUGCCUCCUCCACACGCCACUCUAAAUCCCAACAGAAGCCUCCGGCCCCUAAGGAACAGCCUAAGAUCCUUCAUAAUGCUGACAAGGAGAACAUAACUGUAUUUGUGAGCAACCUGCCCUACAAUUUGCCUGAUCCAGAGCAACAACUGAGAAAGGUUUUCUCAGGCUGUGGGGAGAUCUCCCAGGUUAGGGUCGUCUACAACAACAAUGGCACCUUCCGUGGAUACUGUUAUGUCGAGUUUACUGAAGAAAAAAAUGCAUUGGAUGCAUUGACAAUGGACCGGCAUGUAUUUAAAGGGAGACCCAUGUAUGUGUCUCCUUGUGUGGACAAGAACAAGAACCCAGAUUUCAAGGUGUUCAAGUACAGCACAGCUCUGGAGAAACAUAAGUUGUUUGUCUCUGGGUUACCAUUUUCCUGCACCAAAGAGGAACUGGAAGAAAUCUUCCAAGUGCAUGGCACCCUUAAGGAGAUCCGUCUGGUAACCAAUCGAUCUGGGAAACCAAAGGGACUUGCAUAUGUUGAUUAUGAAAAUGAGGCCCAGGCUUCACAAGCUGUAAUGAAAUUGGAUGGCACAAAAGUGAAGGACCAUAUUAUUAAGGUGGCGAUUAGUAAUCCUCCUUUAAGAAGACAGCAAGAGAGUCAGGAGGCUGCUCGGUCUACAACGUCUAUGGUUCCUCGGCAAACCUAUGGAGCGAGGGGUAAAGGAAGAACCCAAGUGGCUCUCUUACCCCGAUCUUUGCACCGCCAGAAUACAUCUGACAUCACAAAAACAGAAAAUGGUACCCCCCGGACACCAGAGACUUCAUCAGGCGCUGAAGGGGAGCCCCGGAAGAUGUCUAAUGCUGACUUUGCCAAGAUGUUGCUCGGAAAGUGAUUAAGAAGGGACAUGUGCAAUGGGAAAAUGUGAAAGUGACUGCCCUCUGUGACCUUAUCCAUUACUGCAGCUGCUUACAUCUCCACUAAACACCCGGACUGCAGAUUCUGCCCGGUCGGGCUGUACGUAGUUUUGUUUUUCUAGGUUCUGUACCGAUUACUUUUUAUGUUUUAAUAGUGCAGACUUUAGGCUUCCUUAUUUCCCUCAUAUUGAGGCAGGCAAGGCAAAGCAGGGGUAGCUAAUAAUGGUCUGUUGGGUUUAUGUUUUUACACCUGUUGCAGAAUGUCUAUUGAUCGCACUGAAUUGCAAAAGUGAUCGUGAAACACCUCCAGGUAUUUUAUAUGUCUUCUCCUCAUUUUCAUGCUUUGUUUUCCCUGUGGAAUUUACAGUUCGUUUUUUUUUUGUUGGUUAAAACUGGAUUAAAACCCCUGCUCUACACAAGUCAGUCUCAGCAAUGGGCGAUUAGCAGCCUCUGUGUAGUCUUAUGUGAAUGAGCACCGCUAUAUAGUGCAUAUUGUGAUAAUGGGACACUUUGAGUGACUGCGGCAGCAUCGUAACAGUAUGGAUGCAGAACUUGCUUGUUCAUUUCGUUUGGAUUCAACAGCCAUAUUGAGACGUUGGUAUUGGUUGAGAGGGGGCGUUCAACAGCUGAGGCUCCCACCGCUCGCUGGAACGAAUGGGCGGCAAAAGGGCUCUUCAGGUCUUGGAAGAGACAUGUCUCUGACCUUCAUGCCUGUGAUCAGUGGGGUCUCAGCUCUUCGAUCCCUCAACAUUACUAAAUUGCACAUUAUCUAUAAGAAGACUCCAUUCUUCCCCAUCCGUCUAUCUUUUAGUUGUGUGCAUUUUCUUUACACCUAGUGGGGUGAUGGCAUCACAACCAACCCCAAAGUAGCUAUUAAAACGGAUGCAGAACAAUUGGCUACCACGUUAGUCAAUCCACAAGUUGCUGUUUUUGUGUUGCAAUUUCUCAAUUUUUGGAAAAUGUUUUGUACCAAUUGUUUUGUUUCUCCAUAAUUGUGACAAAAUUGCAGGAAAGAAGCUGUGUGUGAACACAUCUAUAUUGAGUAACACGCUAUACAACCCAUUAUACGGUGUGUCUGCCGCUUUCUCAGCGCUAGGCAAUUCCACCAUUUCUAGAUGUCGGUGUUGCACACACAUUGGACAGCCAACUAAAUGAUUGCAUGAAAAGAUUUGUCUGACACCCUGUUUUACAAAUGUAAAGUGAUGAAACAUAUUAUCUAUUUUAUCAGUACUGCACCUCUGGCCUGAUAUCGAUGCCUUUCGUAGUCCCAGAAGUGGAGCUGUGAUUUUCCGACACAGGAAGAUAACCUCCUCCCCCUCCCUGUGUUUAGAUGAUUUAAUGAAUGGGGCUGGCUGUCUGGGUUCAUUCGUUACCUAAGCCAGGGAUCUGCAACCUCCGGCACUCCAGCUGUUUAGAACCUACAGAAUGCUUCAUUCACUUCUAUGGGAGUUAGAAGAGCAGCCGAGUAAGUUUGCAUGCUGGGACUUGUAGUUUCACAGCAGCUGGAGUGCCAGAGGUUACUAAUCCCUGACCUAAGCCAUUCCCCUUCCCUGUAUUUGCAUUAGCCAUGAUGGAACAUGGGGCUGGUUUAGCUACUGAAUCAAGCCAGCCAACUCUUUCAUCACAUCACUGACACACAGGGAUCAGGAGGAAGUUGUCUGCCCCUGUUGGAAAAUCAUUGCAAUUGUAGCAUAUACACAUAGGGGCACAUUUACUAAGACCGGCGUUUUAGACGCCGGUCUUAAUAAGGACAUGCGCUGGUGAUGGAUCUACAUACACAACUUCCUUGCUGUUUUACAUUUAGAUCAUUUUCUGCACCUAAAUCAGGCCCAUCCCCAUUACGCCUACUUUUUUUAGAACUGGGUGGUGUGAACGGGGAAAAGUCGCAGAUUGCAGCGCAAAGGACCUUUGCACCACAAUCUACACCAGAAAUAUGCCUAAUAUAGGCUUAUUUUUAUUUAAUAAAUGACCCCUAUAGUUUCUGUUGACCACAGACAACAUUUUCCAACCUGGCCAAUUGCAUUUUUGGCACACAGAAGUCCGCCAUCAGCCAUUGUGAACAAUUGGGCAUGCAAAUGUUUCUAACGGUUGGUUGAAAUGUCCCAUAUGUUAUGGGCACCUUUACCCCGAACCAGCUCCAUUUCUGAUACCACACAACGAGUGAAUUUGGGCCAUCAGUGUAGUCAAUGUUAAGUAUAGAACCUACCAUCAUUUUAGAAUGGUCAGAUAAUUGGCUACAUAAAGUAAAUGAAAACUGGUUCAGUUGAGGCAUGAUUCGGGGUGCAAAAGUUCGCUAAGUAUGGCUGUUAACAUUUGUUAGGGUAUUCGUUGUGCACAUAAUCUACUUAUCUGUGGUCACAGAUCUGUUGUUUAGCGACAUCGUACCCAAAUGAACAGGUGAAAUUAUGGAGAUCUGCCACCAUAUAGAUGUUUCUUGUUAAGCAGUUGGUGAAUCGGUCAGGUGAUCCUUUUUGACCACCACCCUACAGAUCUUAUAGGAUUUAGUAUUCCUCCUCAUGAUGCAGCUAUAUAGAUAUCUGAGCUUUGCAUACAGCUCUGCCUGUAUCGCAGCUCCUACAAUGGUCCAGUUGUCCCAGGAUCCUAUUAAGCAAUUCAGGCAAGUUAUGCAGCCAUACAUUCCCUGUCCUUUAUAGGCAUAAUUUUAUUAAAGAGCCUUAAAAGUUUGUCCCAUUAAGACAACUUAUCCCCUAUCCACAGGAUAAGGUGUAAGGUUACUUUCACACUAGCAUUUAAGUUUUCCAGUAUUGUGUUCCGUCAUAGGGCCUCAAUACCGGAAAAAAAUAAACGCUUCA